UGCUAGUUGUGAUGCUACACCUGGGAGGUACAGUGGCAAAUGAGAUUUCUACUUUUGUGGACCUCAGGGUCUUACCUUAAAUUGCUCUUUCUGCCCCAGUGGUCCAAGCAGGCUAGUUGCUAGUUGGGAUUAUUGGGCUUCACCACUGGAUCUUAGAGCCCUUCCCCAACUUUCUGUGUUAGGCAGGUACUAACAGGUCAGUAGCAGUCAUCUUCCCCCUUGUCCAUCUGAGCUCCCCGGGGCACUUGCUGGCUGGAGUGAGCUUUGGAUGCCUGUGAUCCCUUAGGUUUGACGAACCUGAGCCUCCUUUGGAGGAGUUUCACUUCGCCCCCAGGGCUUCUCUGUAGAUAUGGGCAGGACCUGGACGACCAAAGACAUUUUUGCUUUUUGUGCUGGCUGCUCUUGAAGGUUCCACUUUCAUGGUUCGGGUAGGAGUUCAGUUCUUAAGAGCAGCAUGGAAGUUCUCUGUUGUCAUCCUCCUACUGUAGACAACCAACCCCUCCUUGGCAGAGUUAGGAAGACAGCUCAGGAGGGAUUCCCAUUAGCAACCACUUGAAACUCUCCUGCAAUUCUUCCUGCUUCCCACUUGGGGGCUCAUGGCUUUUUCCCUUUCCCAUUAUCGGAGAGUGGGGUUUGGAAUACAGGAUGAGUGCAACCAAUUUCCAAAGCUGUAGUUUAAAAUUAUCCUUUGCCUCUUUGGAUGGGAACAUUCUAGUAUUGCCUGUUCAAUAUAUGUAAUCAAACCCACCAAAAAAUCCAACCACUGUUCCUACUGUGGAACUUGGGGUUUUAUCAGAUGAGAAGGGGGAGCAGAGAGGAGUGGUUGGGCUGAUAACUAGGAGUGGAGAAAAUUGAUGUCAAGGACAUUGAAAUGGCAUCUGUUUUUACCCAGGCUAAUUACAUGUGUAAUGAAUGGCUGAUGAACCAUUAUUAAUUUCAAGCAAAUAAUCUACAGUUUGCUCUUGGGAAAAGAGCUCUAGUGAUACAGAUAACUUCCUGUGACGAGCCAAUUCUGAAUCUCUGCACCCUCUUUAUUCCCAUGUAAAUGAGCACAUUCUUAGUCUCCACACUACCUAAAAUGAUUGUAGGGGCAAAAUGAGAGAGGGAAGCAUUUAGGCAAAAACAAGGGGGUUAUUUUAUGCAUAAACAUCCAUUCUUUGGGACUCCCGUCAUUUGUGCCAGGGACAGAAGCAUCCUUUCUCUUCCAUCACCCGUAAUCAGUGCUCCCAGCUGGCAGCCUGGCACUGGAGCCUUAAUCUCAGUGCCAGUGCAAUAAAGGAGUGGUCUAUAGGAGGCUGUUUCUGUAUUAGGUACUGUGCUACACUAGACAGCUAACUACUGAUUUCAUGUCCGUUUCCCUAUGGGAACCCACUGGCCAUGGAAGGAGAAUAUGGUUGGGUUUUCCUGGGCAGUUCCUGGAACUUAGAAAGCCGUUUCUCCCCAGUCUUGACCUCCUGCCCACUUACCCUUCCCCAUGGGUUGCACACAGACUCCCCUCUAGCCCAGUGCUUGUUACCAGUUGCUGGCCAGCAGCAGCCCAGGGGGAUGGCAACACCCACCUAGCCAUCUGCCAAGCCACGAGGUCAGCACGUGAGCACACAGUGCUGUCUGCCCUCUAGGCCAAGGUGCACAGUGUUGGGAACCUCUUGCUCCACUCUCCAGAUCAGCCUGGAAACCAGAGCUUCCUUUGUCCUAGUCAAACAGAUGGCUGUGGGCGAUGUAGAGCUCUGAACAGCUGAGUAUGUUCCCUCCCCCCAAAACACACACCAACCAUGUGUGCGCAUGAUUACCCCCAAUCACGCGUCUGAGACCACAAAGCCCCAUGGACACAGCUGCCCAGAUCCUGCCUCCCUUCCCCUUUUCUGGCCUCUGCAAACUAGCCAUUCACCCAAGGAAGUCCCCAGGGCAGUAACUUGGAAAUCCCUGAGAGGAGGAGUUGAAGGAAGCUCAAAGCCUCUCAAGGGCACUGUGUAGUAUGCCUGCCUCCUAUCCUCUUAAGCCCAGACUCUACAAUAGAAUUGUGUGCUGCAAUUCUGACAGCCGUCCAGCUUUCACCUUUUCCUUCUUCCCUAGAACACAUUUUUGGGUGGGGAUCAUCUGAGGUGAGAGGCCCAUGGAUAAGUCCCCGAGAUGACCUCUGUGGGUGACCAAGAUGACUUUCCCUUUUGAGGUUCCUGGGGUCUCUUAUCUUUUGAGCUGGGCUGUCUUCAAAGCCGGCCCUAACCUCAUAUAGCCUCAUCUUUAGAGUAGGGAAGAUGGGCCCGCAGCUCCCACCCCAGCCCUGCAGUGGAGCUAGCAUGGGCCUGCUAGAGGACAGAACUGUAGAACGGGGUCCUGGGAGGGUACAUGGCAGCGCUGGGGAUAAGGGGUCAUGGAGAAAUCCUACCUCUGAAAAGCAUUCCCCUCGCUGCUACUGAAGCUAAAUGCAAUUUAUUUCAUGCUGGGGGGCAGAGGGAGUGAGGGAGACCAGUCACCUGCUCCUUAUCUGGGCUAUUUUCUUGGCAGACCUCAAAAUGGGACCAUGGUGGGGAGGGAGUGGGAAGUUGGGCUGGGGCCAAGGGAAGAAGCUUGCCAGCACUGUCAGCCGAGCCCAGGAGGAAAAGCCAGGCCUAGCCUCUGCCCCAUUCCUGUUCCCCACCUGUCUCUACCCCUGUCUCCCCUUUCCCUGGUUCUGCCAGACUAUCUCCCUGGGCACCAGCCUCCCCACCCACCCCUGGAGGGUGGGGCUUGGCUGCACCCACGUGUGGUGGAGUUAAAUGCUCCUAGCCGGCAGAGGAGCUAGGGAGUGUGGCACUGAGCCGGCUCAGGCAGAGACGCGGCACCAUGGCUAGCAAGAAAGUCUGCAUUGUAGGCUCCGGGAACUGGGGCUCAGCCAUCGCCAAGAUCGUGGGUGGCAAUGCAGCCCAGCUGGCACAGUUUGACUCACGGGUGACCAUGUGGGUGUUUGAGGAAGACAUUGGAGGCAAAAAGCUGACCGAGAUCAUCAACACACAGCAUGAGAAUGUCAAAUACCUGCCAGGGCACAAGCUGCCCUCAAACGUGGUGGCUGUCCCAGAUGUGGUCCAGGCUGCAGCGGAUGCUGACAUCCUGAUCUUUGUGGUGCCACAUCAGUUCAUCGGCAAGAUCUGCGACCAGCUCAAGGGCCACCUGAAGGCAAACGCCACUGGCAUAUCUCUUAUUAAGGGGGUAGAUGAGGGCCCCAAUGGGCUGAAGCUCAUCUCCGAAGUGAUUGGGGAGCGCCUCGGCAUCUCCAUGAGUGUGCUGAUGGGGGCCAACAUUGCCAGCGAGGUGGCUGAUGAGAAGUUCUGUGAGACAACCAUCGGCUGCAAGGACCCAGCCCAGGGACAACUUCUGAAAGAGCUGAUGCAGACACCCAAUUUCCGUAUCACCGUGGUACAAGAGGUGGACACAGUAGAGAUCUGUGGGGCCUUAAAGAAUGUAGUGGCCGUGGGGGCUGGCUUCUGUGAUGGCCUGGGCUUUGGCGACAACACCAAGGCGGCAGUGAUUCGGCUGGGACUCAUGGAGAUGAUAGCCUUCGCCAAGCUCUUCUGCAGUGGUCCUGUGUCCUCUGCCACCUUCUUGGAGAGCUGUGGUGUUGCUGACCUGAUCACUACCUGCUAUGGAGGGCGGAACCGGAAAGUGGCUGAGGCCUUUGCACGUACAGGAAAGUCCAUUGAGCAGCUGGAGAAAGAGAUGCUGAAUGGGCAGAAACUGCAGGGGCCCCAGACAGCCCGGGAGCUACACAGCAUCCUCCAGCACAAGGGCCUGGUGGACAAGUUUCCCUUGUUCAUGGCUGUGUACAAGGUGUGCUACGAGGGCCAGCCAGUGGGUGAAUUUAUCCGCUGCCUACAGAAUCAUCCGGAACAUAUGUGAGUGGGGUCAGGGCCCAGGCCAGGCCGCUUCUUUACCCCAAUGGAGACCAGCAGAAGCCUGGGGUACCUAGUCAUCAAGAUCUCCAGGACUCCCAGGGAACAGAGUCUUCUCAUCUUUUCACUGGAGGACAGGAGGCUAUAGGGCUCAGAUACACACUUGGAGAUUCUGAACUGUCAAGUCACUGGCAGCCUCUUGCCACAUUUGCCAGAAAUGCAGUUGCCCUGUCCCUCUCCAGAUGUAGGGCUUUCUCCUUGUCCUCUGGGAGGGGUGGAAUCAAGUCCCAGUGAUGCCUGCUUGGCGGGGUGGGUGGGUGGAGUGUGUGUGGGGAAGGGUAGGGGGAGAGGGUGGCAGGGCGCAGGGGCUGCCAGUGGCUGUCUCACAGAGACCAGGAAUCCUGUUAAAGGGCAGAAGAAAUAGCCAUAGCAGGAAUGAGGCAAGGAUUGUCAGGGAGGGGUCUGGGCUUCUGAGCUGAUGCAGGCCUCACGGACCCCUUUGCUGACCUUUGCCAGGACCCACACAGCUUCAGUGGAUCUCAGUGUUUGUUAACAAAAUACAAAGAUCUCAACCCCCUUCUAGCUUCUCCUAGCAACAUCUGCGUCCUCAGAAACCUCUGGUCCUCCCCUUUCCCCCUCCCCCAGGCUGCCCUGGCACCCGAGUUGCUUCCAUGCUGGCAUCUCUAGCUGGGUGGCUUGACAUUCUCCCCAGGGACUUCCCGGUUCCUAGUUCUUUGCCAGCUCCUCCCCGUUCGUGUGACCUUUCCAAGCCCUCCCUCACCCUCCCUGCCAGCACCCUCUUUGGGGAGCAGGAACUUAAUCUGCUGACAGAGCUAUACCUUUUACAACAGGCUCAGAUCACUGGGCUCCCUGUGACCUUUGUGUUCGCCCGGCCUCCCUUCUCAGUAGCUCUAGCUGGGGGAGGUGUCAGCUGGGCCCCUCCUGUGCUAUCUCCCCAGAGGAUAUCCCUGACUCCACCCCUUUCCUCCUCCCAAACCCUGCACCUCUUCAGCUGCUCCAGACUGGCCAGGGUAACCAGCUAACCCGUGCCUGGCAUCUGGAAGCCAGCAGGCCGGAGGGUGGCCCAAAGGCUGACGAAGGCUAGGGAAAGGUGAGCAGGUGGGUGGGUAUCAAUAUUCCAAGUGCAGCUCUUUGCUAAAUGAGGGCCUCCUUGUGAGGUACUGACCACACCGCACCUCACUAGCUGUGAAACUGAGGAGGAAGAAAAUAAAAACCACCCUACUUCCUGGGGUGAGGGAAGAACAGGAGCGGGGGAGGAGGAGAGUGCUCUGCACUGGCCUUGAUCCAGGAUGGGGUGGCAGCAUUAGAAUGUCACAGGUCAGCAGCCUAGGCCUCCAGCUAUAAAUAAUCCGAGGGCCCGAGAGGCUCCCGCCCGUCCAGCAGGGGUCUCAGCUUCCUGUGUGGCAGCACCUGGCACAGUGGCUCUGGCCAGCAUUAUGCUAAAGCCCUCUUACUCUCCCACGAGCCAGGGAGGCGGGCUCCUCUCUGCGCCUAGCCGUUGAGAAUUCUGUCUUACCAGUGAAGGGCGGAGCUGCCCAGAUCAGGCAGCAAGAGUGAGGGCCACAGGCCUGGCUGAGCCCAGGUCUGGGCACUGAGUAACUUCACAGCUGCCUCCCCAGGAGGUUAAGGUGGAGGCAAAGGGGAAGCUUCAAACACUUUUGCCUACUUUUGUUCAUCAGGUCCACCUGUCUACCCAAUAAAGCGUGUUUUUCCAGAAACAGGAAGAGCUGGGAGAGGUAGCUUCAGUGCAUGUGGCAGUGCGUGUGCUAGCGUGUAUCAUUACACGUAUGUUUUCCCUCUUACCGUAGGAAAAAUGAAAAAAGAAAUCCCUCCUCCAUAAUCGCAGCCACUCCAGGGAUCAGCGGCGGUACCCACUCAGUACCCUCCUCUCUCUCCCCUCUCCCGCCAGCGCCCCUUCCCGCCCGCAAGCUGGCUCCCAGCCUUCCCCGCGCUUCUUAGGGGCUUUAUCAUGCCUCCUGCAAAAAGAGAGGUCAUACACGAGACAGAAACGUUAGACACUCAUCCCUCAUGCCCAUUCCUUGGUUACGGCCCAAGCUGCCCCAUCCUUGGCAGUCAAGGCCUCGCGGUGCCCCUCCGGUCCCUACCUGGACUCGGCCCGCAGCCUGGCUCUAGGGGGCGCGCGGUCCACCUCCAGAAGGCCCCCUUCGAGAAUCUACCUAGCUACUGUAGACGUCAUCAUGCUGUAGGCCGGGGAUUGGCUGACUCUGAUUGAUUUAGCAUCCUAACACUUCCGGUUCCGGAGCUUGGCUCGCCAAAGACCCUCCCUCGAGGGAGCGAAACCACAGCCCCCAGAAUUCAGCGGGCCUCUCGGAGAGCACGGCGAGUCUGAGGAUGCGUAGUAAAGAUAACGGGCCCGGAAGCCGGAAGUUCAAAGCCGGCCUCCAGCCGGAGUGGUGGCCGUCGGGAACUGCCGCCUUGGUGGGAGGAGUUAUGCAGCGUCUGACGCGCGGUUCCCUUUCUAGCGUCUCAAGCCGAAUCCUAGAGGCUAACCCGGCAGGUGGGAGGGAAAAAGUCGCCUUCCGCACCAAUAGCUGAGGCGUUCCGGGUUGUCCAGGGACGCUACCCUCUCGUGUCUGGUUCUGAGUGCUGCGUUCUGGCGUGCUGGAAAGUUGCGCAGACAGUGGCGGUGAGACGCUGCCUGCCUGAGGAGGCCUCGGUUGGACGCGAAGGAGCUGCAGUAUCCAGGGGACAAGAUGCCAACUGCCAAGCAGCUAGCUGACAUUGGUUAUAAGACCUUCUCUUCCUCCAUGAUGCUCCUCACUGUGUAUGGGGGGUACCUCUGCAGUGUCCGAGUCUACCACUAUUUCCAACGGCGCAGAGCCCGGCGCCAGGCCGCAGAAGAACAGAAGACCUCAGGAAACCUGUAGAACUGAGGGGCUUUUUCUCCUGAGCAAAGAGGCCCAAGGCAUGCUGUGGAGAGACCUCAUCUGCCACCAUUUCCAAGUCAAGAGGACUAGAGCCUUGAUGGUUUUCAAACUCUGUUGGAAGAAGGUGCCUAUGGUUUCUCUGGUUCUGCCAGUCUGUGCCAGUUUGACAGUUUGUGGAGGCUGUUGUAUCAUAAUAGGAGUAUGAGGGUGAGGUACACCUACAGACAUUAAAUAUUUUGC